CUUCUCUGUUCCCAGGAUUUUCCAGAGGAAAAUCACAAGGUCCCACUGGAUCAUCAGAUUUUUGAAGAUUUCACUGGAAUACAAGUUGGAGUUACAGAAGAUGAAGAAGAUACAUUUGUGAGGGAUGACCAGCAGCAUAAGUUAGAAACCCCAGAUUACAACAGGUCAGAAUCUUCCAAGGUGAAUUUUCCUCAUAGUGUUUUCCACAAGACUGCCACCUUCUUCCUGACCGACCCUCUAACUAUGGAGAGCUACAAGAUGAUGACCGAAGGGGUACUAAACCUUUUCCUGGACAUUUUCUGUCUGCUUACCAGAGAGGAUUUCAAAGUGGUGAAGAAGACAUCUCUUGAGGGUUUGAGCCCCAGCGGCCAUCCCCAUGUGUCAGCAGAACUGAGCAGGUAUCAGAGCCCAAUCACAGAACCUGCAUCUCGCUCACCACUACAUGAGACAAACUGUAAGCAGAAGAUCCUAGAACUGACCUACAAGAUCAUUGAGCUCCUGACCGGAGAGGUUCCUAUAAGGUGUGAAGAUGUUAUAAUCUAUUUCUCCAUAGAGGAGUGGGAGUAUUUGGCAGGACACAGUGAUCUGUAUAAGGAUGUUAUUUUGAGCCACUACCUGUCUACAUCACCGGAUGGAUCCAGUGAAAUAAAUCCACCAGAGAUCUGUCCCAAUCGGCUAUAUUCACAGAACUGUCCAGAGGAAAAUCAUUGUGUCUCAAAGGGUGAAGAUAUUAUUGAUCUUAAAGUUGAAAUUAUAGAAGAAGAAGAAGAAAUGUUUGUCAAUUGUGAUGAGCAGUCAGUGGAGGAGAAAAUUCCUACAGAUAUUAGCGCUGUUGAUCAGAACACGUUGUUACAGGAACAUUUGUUUUUAUCACCAGAUUGUGAAACUGAAGAGAAUAUCAAACAUUUUACAGAAGAAAUCCUUUUUGUUCCUAAUGUACCCCCAGGACUUCUGAGUGUACAUAAGUUCUCUGAGCUCUGUUAUGGAGAGGAACCUUCACCUAUUAAUUCAUGUAAUGUUACACAAAGUAAGGGACAUAGAAGUGAUAAACUGUUUUCAUGUUCUGAAUGUGGAAAAUGUUUUACCCAGAAGUCCAAUCUUUUUAGACAUGAGAGAACGCACACAGGAGAGAAGCCAUUUCCCUGUGAUAAGUGCGGCAAAUCUUUUACUCAGAAGUCACAUCUCAUAGAACAUCAGGUGUUUCACACUGGGGAAAAGCCAUUUUCGUGUUCCACAUGUGGAAAAUCUUUUACACAUAGGGCUAUUCUUUAUAGACAUCGGCGAAUUCACACUGGUGAAAGGCCGUUUACAUGUGGCGAAUGCGGUAAAUCAUUUUCUUAUAGAUCCUACUUGGUAGAACAUCAGAGGUUUCACAUGAGUGAGAAACCAUACUCCUGUUCAGAAUGUGGGAAAUCUUUUGUCAAGAAAUCUGUUCUUGUUAAACAUCUUAGACUUCACUCAGAGCAGAAUCAGUUUGCAUGUUCAGAAUGUGGAAAAUGUUUUACCAAGAAAUCCAUGUUUGUUAACCAUCAACGAAUUCACACCGGGGAGAAACCACAUAUGUGCUUAGAAUGUGGGAAAUGUUUUGCCAAGAAGUCAGUUCUUGUUGACCACCAGAGAACUCAUACAGGAGAAAGACCAUAUCCAUGUUUGGAAUGCGGGAAAUGUUUUUCUAAGAAAUCAGGUCUUGUGAAGCAUCAUCGGACUCACACAGGGGAGAAGCCUUUUCAAUGUCCGGAAUGUGGGAAAUGUUUUUCUCAAAAAUCGGGUCUUGUUAAACAUCAGAAAAUUCACACAGUAGGAAAGACAGUUUUGUGUUUGGAAUGUGAUAAAGGUAAUGCAUGUAUCCAUCCCGAGAGACAUCAUGGGAUAGAUGAAGAAGAAAGGCCAUUUUCAUGUUCAGAAUGUGGGAAAGCAUUUACCCAGAAAGCAUAUCUCGUUAAACAUCAGAAAAUUCAUACUGGGGAGAAGCCAUUUUCAUGUUCAGAAUGUGAGAAAUGUUUUAUGUUAAAAGAUCAUCUUGAGCGACAUCAGAGAAUUCACACAGGGGAGAAGCCAUUCUCAUGUUCAGAAUGUGGGAAAAGCUUUACCCAGAAAAAAUCUCUUGUUGAACAUCACAAAACUCACACUGGUGAGAAACCAUUUUCAUGUUCAGAAUGUGGAAAAUGUUUUACACGGAAAUGUCAGCUGGAGAUACACCAGAGGAGUCACACAGGGGAGAAGCCAUUUUUAUGUUCAGAAUGUGGAAAGUUUUUUAUUCAGAAAUCUGAUCUCGUCAGACAUCAGAAAAUUCACCCAGAAGGGAGAUCUUCAAAAACUGGCAAUGGUGAAAUUCAUCGGCUACAUGACCAAGAUGAACGGCCAUUUUUAUGUUCAGAAUGUGGGAAAUGCUUUACCCACAAAUCAUAUCUUGUUAAGCAUCAAAAAUUUCAUACAGGUGAAAAACCAUAUUCUUGUUCAGAAUGCGGGAAAUGUUUUACCAUGAAAUCAGGUCUUGCUGAGCAUCAGAAAAUUCACACAGGAGUGAAGCCGUUUUCAUGUCCAGAUUGUGGAAAAUGUUUUACACGCAAAUCUCAACUUGAGAUGCAUCAACGAACUCAUACAGGAGAGAAGCCUUUUUCAUGUUCAGAAUGUGGGAAGUGUUUUAUCCAGAGAUCAGAUCUUAUUAGACAUCACAGGAUUCACACAUCUUCAUGUGUCUCUAAAGUUCCCAAUAUCACCGUCUUGGAUGGAUUUACCAUUGAUCCUCUACACUCUCAAAUGAUAGCUACAUAAAAACACAAUUUUUGGGGGGGGUUUUAGGAAGAAACCAGACAACACCUGGGCUUACAGACCAUUGCUUGACUAGCAGAUUGCCAAUCCAGUUCUCCCAUUCGGGCUCUAUUGGCCUGGCUGCUGCAGUGAUGUCAGAUCAACACCACAUGACCGCUGCAGCCAAUCUCUGGCCUCAAGCAGUGCAUUGCUGAAGGCAGUGAUUGGCUGCAGUGGUCAUGUGUUGUUCAGAUGACGUCACCACUGCAACCCAGUCAACAAAGCCCGGCUAAUAGAACUGGAGCAAUGAUGCAGCAUCUGCUAGAUAAGUAAUUCCCUAUAUCAGGGAUGCUCAACCUGCUCAAACAGCCCUCCAGCUGUUGCAAAACUACACGUCCCAGCAUGCCCUAAAAGCUUUAGGUUGUCCAAGCAUGCUGGGAGUUGAAGUUUUGCAACAACUGGAAGGCCGCAGGUUGAGCAUCCCUGGUCUAUAUUUUAUUACAGGCAUGCCCUGAGUGUUGUCCAUUUUCUUCCUGAAAUCAAACAACCCAUUAAAUAUGGUUUGUUCACAUGGUCGUUUUUUGAUCCGAAGACGCAAGAUAAAAAUAUCAAUUAUUGCGGCUGUUUCCAGAUGGAAACUGAGAUGCCAUACAUAGAUCUGCGGCAUGUACAACUAGAAGUCCAAGAGCCUCAGAUUUCUUCUGUGGAUUCCACCGGCAUGUACCCGUUUGGAUUUUUCUUUUGUGUGAACAUAUCCUAAGCGGGAAAAAGGAUGUUAAGAAUUAAAGGCUAUGUACACCAUUGGAGGCAAUUUUUGUUUAUGAUUACAUUUUUGUCAUUUUCAGCUACAAAUCAUAUUUUCUAUUGGCCUUUAUAUAAAAAAUAUUGAGCCGUUCUGUCACAAAGGGUUAGCUGUUUUUCUUACUGUGUGACUGGUACUUUCACUUUGUGUAGAUCAUCUUAUAAAAUAAGAGCUAAGCAAUAAUGAGUGUUUAUAAUUUCAGAGAGGAGAGAUAAGGAGCCUGUUGGCUCCUGAACUGACGGAAAAAAAGAGAAAAUCCAGAGGCUGCUACAAAAAGGACUCCAUAUUUUUAAGGGCCAAUUGAAAAAGAUUAUUUUUAGCUCCAAAUGAGUUCAGUGUAAUAAUAGAAAAAUGCCUUUAAGCUUGAUUGACCUUUAUCAAAUCUGUAAAAGAGGAAAAACUGGUCUUAUUGCUUGUAGCAUCCACUGAGAUAGCGGGCAUCAUGUCUUAAACUACUCUGGAAUGAAAAAAUUAGUGAAACUUUUUUUUCACAGUUUGAUAUUUUAAUGGUCACUAACAUUUCACACAACUCUGCAUAAAUCAGUAGUAGAGGUGAAUUUAAAGGGAAUCUGUUACCUGCUUUUACCAUUUUAAGCUGUCACCAUCGCUAUGUU